AAACCAACUCAAGGUCUCUCUAUGUUUUUGCUUUUUAUUCCCCAAAUCUAACAUAAAAAUGUUUAAAUGCUGUUUGGAUAUUUAUUUUGGAAUAUAUUUUGUUUCUAUGAUAUCAUUUUUAAAAGAUUGCAAUGGUUGUGAUGAUGGCUGGUUUGCGUAUGGAAGGUAUUGCUAUUUUUUUCAAAAUAAAACAUUGAAUGGAAAAAGUUGGAGAGAUGCUUCAUUAUCAUGUCAAGCUAUGGGUGCAAAUUUGUUAAGUAUUGAGGAUCAAGCUGAAAACUAUUUUAUUAAAAAUAUUUUUAAAGAUGACAGCCUGAAAAAAGAUAAUUAUUGGAUUGGACUCAAUGAUGAAGUCAACAAUAGAGAGUUUAAGUGGUCGGAUGGCAAGUAUUUAAAAUUCUCGAAUUGGUUACCAAAAACACCUAACAAUCAAGGAACUGGAGAAAACUGUGUGGAAACAAGUAGAAUUGGUUGGAAUGAUAAUGACUGUUCUAAAUCAUAUGGAUUUAUUUGUAAAAUUAUUAAAGAAAACAAUAACUCAUGUACCCGUGGUUGGAUUAAUUAUAAAAAUUACUGUUAUUUGUUCCGAAAAAAAGAUGAAAAAUUUGAUGGAAGUAAUUGGAGUGACUCAUAUUCAUUUUGUCGCUCUAAAGGAGGAGAUUUGUUAAGUAUAGAUGAUCAAGAAGAAAAUUCAUUUGUUACAAAUAUUCUAGAAAGUGAACGAAGUAUGAAAUACCAGAAUUUCUGGAUUGGCCUCAAUUAUCUUAUGAGUUAUAAAAAGUUUCUUUGGUCUGAUCACACUAAAUGGAAUUUAAAAAUACCUAUUGAAAAUAUAUUAACUCAUACAAACAAUAUUUCAACAAGAUGUGUGGUAAUAAAUACUGAUAGCUGGAAUGGUCAAGAUUGUAGCAAUAAAUAUGGAUACAUUUGUAAAGUAAAAGGAGAAAGCAACAAUAGUUGCUCAAGUGAUUGGUUCCAAUUUGCUAGUUAUUGCUACUAUUUUCAUACUAAAAAUGAGUCAAAUGGAAAAGGAUGGCUUUAUUCCUAUUUAAACUGCUUAGAAAAAGGAGGAAACUUGUUAAGCAUAGAUGAUGAAGCAGAAUACGCAUUUAUUUUAAACACUCUUAAAAACUACAGCAUGAGUAAAAAUAAUUACUGGAUUGGUCUCACUAGUCGUUGGUUUAACUCAUGGUUUUUGUGGUCUGAUAAUACAUACUCGCAGUAUAUAAAUUUAAAGUUAAAUGGGUCAUAUGAUGAAAAAUAUAAGUCUAUCAUAAUAAAUAAAGCAUAUUGGGAAGUGAGGAAUUACAAAUCUUUAAACGGAUUUAUUUGUAAAAAAAGAAGAGCAAUUAAUCACAAUUGUGCUGAAGGUUGGACAAGUUAUAGAAAACAUUGCUACUUUAUUAAUAGUAAAAGUAAAACAUGGUCAGACUCUUUUUCAUCAUGUCAGUAUAAAGGAGGGAAUUUGCUAAGUAUAGAAAAUCAAGAAGAAAAUCGAUUCAUUCAAAGCAGUUUAAUCAAAGAUAAUGGUGAUUAUUGGAUUGGUCUCAAUAAACUUUGGAAUUACAGAAAAUUUGCAUGGUCUGAUAAUACUUACACACAGUUCUUUGAUUGGAUUAUAAAUGAACCGGACACUAUUCAUGAUGUUGAAAAUUGUGUAGCAAUGAACUCUAAUGGAUGGAGCGACAGAGAUUGCAAUAUUCUUAAUGGAUUUGUUUGUAAAGCUAAAAGAGUUAAUUUAGAUUAUGUAAACCACCCUGACGAAAUUAUUCUAACCCAAGGCUAUCUUUUUGGAACACUUAAAGUUUUGAAAACGGAGUAUACUAUUUCAUUUAAUGUGAAACCUCUGAUUUAUUCGAAGGGUUCAAAAAGUGUUCUUCAACUAAUCUCAGGUAAUAACAGUCGAGAUUAUAUUGACAAAAAUCUAGGUGUUUGGUUUCAUGAAGACGGAUCUGGAAAACUUGUUAUACAAGCUGCAGUUUAUGGUUUUAGUAGUUGCUUAGUUAAAACAGAUCCGCUCACUUUAGGUCAAUGGUCUAACAUAAAAAUAUACCAGUGGCUAUUUUGCAGUAAGUUUUGGUUUGCCGUGGAUAUAAAUGGUGUAAAUAUCUAUAAAAUGGAAAAUUUUUUCACUGUAGAUUUAAAAGAAAUAAAAAUUUAUGUUUCAAAUCUCUGGGAUGAUGCACAAAAUGGAUCAAUAUCUCACUUUUUAAUUAUUAAUGGAAAAGCAAAAUUUCUUAUUGAGGAUAGUAACACUUCAUUAAUAAAAGGAAUAAGUAUUGCUAACUUAUCAAAGAUAAAUAAAGAAUAUUUAGUGUCUUUUGAUUUUAUUCCAAUGGUAUUUGAGACUGGACUGCACAGUAUUAUUAACUUUACUGUUGGAGAUUAUAUUGUUAACAGUAGAAGUGUACUUUUAGGCAUAUGGUUAGAUGAAAAUGGCACAGGAAGAAUUAAAGUUUUAGCUUUAAUUAAUGAAAAACCAACUUUGUUUUAUUACCCUGUUUUAUUGAAUAAGUGGUCAAAUAUAGAGGUUUCUCAAAGAUUCAAUGGCUUGUUUUAUGUAUUCAUAUUGAGAAUAAAUGGAGAUGUGAUUUUUUCUGUGAUUAACAAUCAAGCUCAGGAGUUAAUUGAUGUCAAAGCAUUAGCUUCAAAUCCAUGGGUCAACGAAGUUAUCUGGCCGCAAAACUAUGUUAGACCAACAGCAAAUACAAUGCAGUUGAGCCAAUUAUUUCAAAAUGUGGUUGGUACAACUGUAAAUCGAAUUCAGUUCAGCCAGCUAAUUCAAAGUAUAGUAGCCCCAAUUACAAAUCCAAUGCAGUUGCGCCAGCUAAUUCAAAAUCUAAUUGGUCAAAUAGAAAAUGAAAUCAAGUUGCGCCAACUAACGCAAAAAGCAGUCGGCCUAAUAGCAAAUCCAAUGCAGUUCGGCCAACUAAAACAAAAUAUUGACCAAACUGCUAAUCUAAUGCAGUUCGGCCGACUGCCGCAAAAUGGGUUGGUCAUGGAUAAUGAAUUAAAAUCUCUUGUUAUUUUUCCUAAAGAUUAUAUUGCUCUUAAACAUGAGUUUGUUCUAAAUCAAGGAAGAAUUCUAGGAAUACUUAAUGUUUUAAAAAAGGAGUACACUAUUUCUUUUAAUUUGAAGUCUAUGAGUUAUUCUAAAGGUUUAAAAAGUGUUCUUUACUUAAUCUUGUGUAAUAGCAGUGAAAUAUAUGAUGACUUUAGCCUUGGUAUUGUAUUUCAUGAAGAUGGUUCUGGAAGUCUUGUUAUUUAUGCUACAGUUCAUGGUAAUAGUAACUACUACGUCAAAACAAAUCCACUUCUAUUAGGACAAUGGCAAAAUAUUAGAAUAUGUCAAUUAUUGGUUGGAAAAAAGUUUAUAUUUACUGUUUAUUUGAAUGACAUUAAUGUUUAUAGAGUAGAAAAUUCUUUGGCUGUAGAAUUUAAAAACAUUAAAGUUUAUGGUUCUAAUAUAAAGGAUUCUCCACAAGAUGGUUCCGUUUCGGACCUUCUGAUAAUCAAUGGAAAAGUUGAGUACAUUGUUGGCAAUUUUGUUACUCCAUUAGUAAAGGGAAAACUAAUUGCAGAGAUUCCGGUCCUAGAUAAAGAGUAUUUUGUUUCUCUUGAUUUUAAUCCUACUAAAUUUGAUUUUGGUUUACACAAUGUUAUUCAUUUUACUAUUGGUUCUAAUUAUUCUAAUAAGGGUGAUAAAACACCCGGAAUCUGGUCAAAUUCACAAGGUAAUGGCGCACUUGAAAUAGCAUCUUUAAAUAAUGGAAAUGUGUAUGAACAUACUUUUUCUACAAAUGCAUUUAAAGUUAAUCAGUGGUCAAAUAUUGUAAUACGUCAAAUUUUCAAUGGUUCUUUUUAUGUAUACACAAUCAUUAUUAAUGAAAAAGUUGUCUUUUCUAUAACAAACUAUCAAGCUACUAGCUUUGGUAAUGUCAAAGUAUAUGCUUCAAAUCCUUGGACAAAAGCUCAAAAUGGUUUAAUAAAAAACUUUUUUGUUGUCAAUGGAAAUUCAAUGCUAUUUACACUACUUCUUUCAGUUUUAAGUGAAUCUUAUUCCGAUAGAGAAGAGGAUGAGUUUGAAAAGGAGCAUGAUAAAAAAGAAAAAAGGAGAAUUACAACUUCAACCUCAACUUAUAAGAAAGUAUCAGUCAUCUCUGUUGCCGUCUUAGUUCCUGUUUUAUUUGUUCUUGUUGCUGUUAUUUUUGUUAUUGCUUUUUGUGUUUCAAAUAUUGAUGGUAAAUCGUCUGUAAACUUUAUAUAUACACAAGGAUAUCAAGAAUCUCUUAAGACAACAACGACAACGGGUGAUUUAUAUAUGGGUGUUGGGCAAAAUAAAACUCUGCCAAAAGAUGAUGGGACCUUAACACCUGAAGAUUUGCUUAGUUUUUCUUGGCAAGUGGCAUCAGGAAUGGAAUUUCUUUCAUCUUCUAAAUUGGUUCAUCGAGAUCUGGCCGCUAGAAAUAUUUUGGUCGGACCUGGAAAAAUUGUAAAAGUAUCUGAUUUUGGUCUUACUCGAAAAAUUAAUGAUGAAUUAACCUACAUGAGCAAGAAAAAGCGUCGUUUACCAGUAAAGAGGAUGUCUGUUGAAGCCAUAUUUGACCAGAAGUUUACAUCAUUUAGCGAUGUGUGGGCAUAUGGAGUUGUAUUAUUUGAAAUUGUAACUUUAGGAGGUACGCCUUAUCCUACAAUAGGUAACCGUGAACUUCUCUCUCUUUUGAAAUCUGGUUAUCGAAUGGAUAAACCUGAAAAUUGUUCUGAAUCAAUGUAUGAUAUUAUGUUGCAGUGUUGGAAUGAGGAUCCAUUACAACGUCCAACUUUUACAACACUACGUGAGCAUUUUGAUGAAGUAUUGUCUCAAGGUGGUUGUUAUCUCAACUUUGAAUUCAACGAAAAUAGUGUGUCCUCAUUUUUGCCGUAUGAAACAGAUAAUGAUGACGAUAACACAGUAGAAGACGGAAUUUUUAACAAACCUGUACACAUAAAGUCAACUGAGGAAAUGAAAAAUCUGGAAGAGCCCAUUCUUCCAUUGUACAAUAGAUAUACAAAUAUUUAAUAAAAUCCACCAACUUAAAUAACUUAUUUAAUGAUCGAAAAUCAAACUUUUACUUUUGCUUCAUAUUAUUGAAACAUGCGGUCUUUGAUUAUGUGUUUGAUUAUGGUUUUGAAACAUUGCGUUGUAUUCUGCGUAGUUUCAGAAAAAAAUAGA